AUGAACUUAAGGGUUGUAGAUGAAAGCAUAAAUCAUGUAGAGGGUGUCUUAAAACAAGACAUAGAUUCCACCUGGGAAUAUGCUAUUAAAAAUGAACAGUACUCACGGAAAAAUAAUCUGCGAGUAUUUGGCAUCGAAGAGGGGGAGGAAGAGAAUUUAGAAGGAAAGUUUAUUUUUAAGUUCGUCGAGGAACAUCUUGAAGAGACGGUCUCUGCUGAAGAAGUUGAGAUUAUCUACAGAGUUGGAGCAAGAAAGAAAAAUGGAGGUAGGGAAAAUUCAUGGCAUGACAAACCAAGACCAGUCAUUGUAAAAUUACAGUCACACAAAACCAAAAUGAAAAUCCUCCUGAAACAAAGAAUGUUGAAGGGCAAAGGGUUGGUAAUUGUCGAAGACAUGGCUGAUCAAAUUGCCAAAAGGCUUAAGGAAUUGAAAAGCAGAGGUUCAGUGGAAAUGGCCUAGUUCUCGAAGAGGAAAAUUAAAUUCAAACAACAUGGCAGUCCACACAUGAAAGAGAUAUGAAGCUGGAGUGACUUGGUGAUCAUUCAAUAAUGACAU